GGUCCUCAGCAUUCUUCAUUCAAAUUCACGAACAGUAUCGUUGUGCAUUGCGCAAGUUUCAACAAGUGACUCUGACAAGUAUCCCGUUCUUGAUUUUUCUAUCUCAGUUCUUUCAAAGCCAUGGCUCCCACUCUUAAUGUCACCCACAUUGGCACUGCAACCGCCAUCCUCGAGAUCAACGGCGUCAACUUCCUGACAGACCCUUUCUUUUCCCCAGCCGGUACCUUCUGGGACCGAGACAUCAUAGUCCUGAAAGUCACCGAAGACCCUGCUCUCCGUCUUAACCAGCUCCCCGUGAUCGAUGCCGUGCUGCUAAGCCACGAAGACCACCCCGACAACCUGGAUGAGCUCGGCAGGCAGCUCCUGGACGGACGCCGCGUCUUCACCACCGUCGACGGGGCCAAGAACCUCGCGCCCCGUCCGGCCGUGCACGGCAUGAAGCCCUGGGAGGAGAUUGAGAGCGUGAUUGGCGGCAAGAAAUUCAAGAUAAUCGCGACCCCAACCAAGCACGUCCCCGGAAACGAAUGCACCGGCUUCAUCAUCACCGGAGAAGACUUCGGACAUCACCACGACGGUCUCCCCAACGCCAUCUACUUCACGGGCGAUACGGUCUACAUCGAGGAGUUGGAGUCUAUCGCGGACCGGUACCAUGUCUGUGCUGCCGUGAUGAACCUGGGCAAUGCUCACGCUCCUAGCACGGACGAUCCCAAUGGGCCCGUCAUGCAGAUCACCAUGGGUGGCAAGGAUGGAGCUAAGCUUUUCCGCGCCCUCAAGGCUGAUGUUCUUGUUCCUAUGCAUUACGAAUCUUGGGGUCAUUUCACUCAGUUCGGGGCUGAGCUGCGCCAGGUCUUUGAGGAUGAGGGUAUUAGUGAUAAGAUCUGUUGGUUGAAGGGCGGCGAGGAGGUUUCGGCCCUCUAG